GUCGACAUCUCCAUCUCCAUCUCCGUUACAGGCAUGCGCAGGCCGUAGUCAAAUUGUCCCAUUCAUACGAUUACUUGCGAAUUGCUGGAUCCCAUUGCAUAUUUCUGGAUAGAGCGUCCCUCGGUCACUCCCUCAAGAUGGCGCCUGGUCAAAGUCGCAGUGUCUUCGUGGGCAACAUCCCUUUCAAUUUGAGCGAGGAGUACAUUAUCAAGAUACUCAACUAUGCAGGCACUGUCGUCAAGUUUCGCCUGAUGACCAAUCCGGACACUGGCAAAUCAAAAGGCUUCGGUUUCGCAGAUUUCCAAGACGCAGAUUCCGCAGCCAACGCAGUCCGAAAUUUGAACGACUUCGAAAUUGAAGGGCGCAAAAUACGAGUGGAUUGGCCUCACAACAACGAGAAAGACUCGGUGCCGGCAAACUAUGAUCAGACAACUGCGCCAGGUGCAGACGGCUUCCAACAUCCUGGGCCAAAUGCGCUUCCUCCUCUGCCAGCCGGUGUUGACCUUCCACCAAACCUCAGAGCCACCGAUGCCAUUUCACAAACGCUCUCGAAUCUCUCUCCUCCGCAGCUUCUUGAUGUCCUCACACAAAUGAAGGCUUUGGCCAUCUCGGAUUCUGCGAGGGCAACGUCCCUCCUCAAAACCGCUCCACAACUUUCCUUUGCAAUAUUUCAAGCCCUGAUCUUGAUGAAUCUGGUCGACCCCAAAGUCCUGGCCCAGGUCGUCGAACAAGCUGCGAGACCAGCCCAGCCCGCUGCUGUCCCUCCUCCGCAGCCUACUCCUCAACAGUAUCCUCCACCCAUGAUGCCGGGUCAAGUCCCGGCUAGACCACAGCCGCCACCACAACAGUAUGCUCCUCCACCAGCCCAGCAGCAGCCUCCGCCACAGGCACAACCCCAACUAUCUCAACAAGAGAUGAUUCAGCAGAUUCUAGCGAUGGACCAGCGGACCAUUGACUCGUUCUCGCCUACCGAGAGGGCGCAAAUCAUGCAAAUCCGAGCACAGAUGGGAAUUCGAUGAACAAGCAAGUCCUCAUCAUCACAACAGACGAUGGUUGGCCAGUCUUUGGAAUACCCUGUCUCCUCGUUCACGCCAUAUUAAUGGCCGCUAUGAACAGCAGCGCCGUGUCAUGGAUGUAAACAAGGCUCGAUUCGCGUGCUGACAACAUCCGAGCUGCAACAUGCUGGCCGACUUUUCGACAGGUGGAGUCGCAACAUUUAAACGAACGAACUAGCGAUCUCGCGUAACGACCACACGGCUCGACAUUCAGCGCGGAUUCAUCGCCUAUCAAUCAUUGCAACGCCCACGAUCGGCACUACUGCAGAUGAGCGUGAGAAGGAAGCAUGACCGCCUUUGUAGUCCUCGACACUGAAGGAUGGAUAGUGUCUAUAUGAUUUUCGACCAGGGGAUCUCCGCCCCGUUGGUUGAGGCUGGAAUAGUCAAGCGUAUAAUAUCAAGGUCUCCCUUGAGUUGAUAGAUACUUGUAAACCUGCAUCACGUUCAAAGACAAGGAACAUCAUAUGCAGCUGAAAUCCAAUUGAUCUGUCUCCAAGCGAACAACGUCUUCAAGGGG